UUAUAUAUUUUUUUCUUUCAGAAAAUCAAUACAGAAUUAUCGCAAAAGAAAAAUCGUCCCGUAUCUCCAAAAUCAGAGAAUUUGUUUGUAAUAAUAUUGAUUAUUUGAACAUUUAAUUAAUUACUCACAAAAUGUCGGAAAAGAAUGACGGUAACAAUAGCGAUGACAGUGUUGAAAUUAUUCCCAAUAAAGAUGAUGAUAUUUGUGAAUUAGAACAUUUACGAAAACUAUUCAUUGGUGGUUUAGCUCCCUAUACCGACGAAGAUAGUCUACGUAAUUUCUAUAGCCAAUGGGGCAAAGUGGUCGAUGUGGUUGUAAUGAAAGAUCAAAACACCAAAAGAUCAAGAGGAUUUGGUUUUAUAACAUACACCAAAGCUUACAUGGUGGAUAAGGCUCAAGAUAAUCGUCCACAUAUUAUUGAUGGCAAAGCUGUUGAAGCUAAACGUGCUUUACCUCGUCCAGAACGUGAGGCUCAAGAGAAUAAAAGUGCCUCGGUUAAAAAAUUAUUUGUGGGCGGCUUAAAAGAUAAUCAUGAUGAAGCCUGUCUGGAGGAGUACUUUUCAGAGUUUGGAAAAGUUGUAUCGGUUAAAAUUCUUACGGAUAAAACUACGGGCAAACGUCGUGGCUUUGCAUUUAUCGAAUACGAUGAUUAUGAUGCCGUUGAUAAAGCUAUAUUGAAAAAAACUCAUUCCAUUAAAUAUGUGGUGGUGGAUGUAAAGAAAUCGAUUUAUAGCAAAGAGUUACAAAUGAAAAAGAAUCAACAGCAUAGUGGCGGCGGUAGUAAUUCUAUGGGACAACCGGGCAAUAAAAUGCCACCUAAAGACAAUCUUAGAAAUAAUAUGCCUCCACAACAGCCGCCACAUCCACCUCCAUACCACGAAGGACCACCACCAAACUACAAUCAAUGGGGCCCACCAGCACCAGCUAUGCCCCCACCAAAUUAUGGUGGAUAUCCACAACCUCCACAGCAUCAACCACCUCCCAAUUGGAAUUAUCCACCAGCACCUAAUACGUGGAAUGCACCACCACAACCCCCUGGUGUGCCCCAGCCACCACCGCCGGCCUGGAAUAACAAUCAGUGGGGUUGUCCACCACCAACAGGACCCCCAGGUCCACCUGUACCUAUGCCACCACCAAAUCAAAUGCCUCCUCCAGGUACUCAACCACCACCAAACUGGCAACAACCACCUGUAGUACCACCUGUGGUUGGACCACCCCCACCACAUCAUCCCCAACAACCGCCAGUUCACCCUCAAGUACCGCCACCUACUUUUGGUACCGGUUAUCAGCAGAGUUAUAAUGGCGGUCCCACUAAACAUCAGAGUGCUAUGAAUUCAAACCGCAUGAAUCCUUACAGUGCCCCGCCAAAUCCAAAUAAUUCAUAUAAUAAUGUGCCACCUGCACCUGGCUAUGGUGGCUAUAAUGCUGGACCACCAAAUGUCAAACCGCCUGUCAAUAACAAUAGCGGCCCUGGACCAGUACCCAAUCCAAUGACUAAUGGUGGAGGUCCAUCAUCUAGUGGAAAAUAUCGACGCUAAAAUUUCAUGGAUAGUUAUCAAUAAUUUCAAAAGUAAAAGGUAUGUGUGCUACAUGCUCAAAAAUAUUAGAAUUUAUAUAUUAAGUUUAAAUAAAAAGCAAAACAAAAUAUAUAAUAAAUAUAUAUUAAAUACAACUUAUUAUAUAAAAAAUAAAUAGACAACAAAUAAAAAUUAAGUACAACACCCAUCAAGAAAGAAAAGGUAUUGCAUUACAGUUUAUUUAAACAGUGUCUAAAAAUUAGAGUAAAAAUAAAUUAUUUAUAAAAUUACAAAUAAAACAAAGAAAUAAGCAGCUUUAGUUUAUUUAUAAAAUUAUAAUUAUAAAUUUAAUUAAAAAUCUAACUUUAACAAUAGAAUAUAAUAAUAUCUCUGUAGAAACUUUUGAUUGAUCUUUUAUACUGUUCUGCAAAUAUUAAGACUACUGCACACAAGAGCUCAAAGGACUGCUCAAAAACAUAAUUUAAAAUUGCAUUGUCCUAGGUGAGGACCACGUAAUCCAUCCACACAUUACAUCAGAGUAAUCUCAAAACUACUCCCUGGUUUUAAUUAUAGGAUUACAUGAUCCGCAACAUCGUCCCUUGUAAUGCUGGCUAUGUCCAUGUUGGUUUCAAAAAAAAAAAAAACAUGAUUCAUGCCUGCAUUACAUUGGACUACUAAACGGAUUAUGAAUUCCAAUAAUGUUUACAGGAGACUAGUUUGUGGAUAACUUAAAUUGAUCAUGUUUUUUAAUAAUUUUUGAAAAUUGUUUUUAAAGGGAGUCAUAUUUUCUAUAUAUUCUUGUAAUGAAAUAUCGAAAAUAUUAAAAUCAAAAAAGGUCAACAAUAUCAAAAUCAUUCUAUUCACCCCAAUUCAGCAUUUUGGUUACGUUUCCGUAUUCAGUUAUUCCAAAAAAAAAAAAAACGUAAUCGUUAGAAA